CCUUUCUUCUCUUGUUCACAUCAUUUGCAUUCACAUUUUUCAGACUCUGUACCUUGGUCAGAGGCCCUGCAGGACAGCUCUGUGCUCUGGUCUCUUGUUGUGGAUUUGGGGCUGCUGGCUCUCUUCACCACACAGCACAGUCUGCUGGCCUGGUCUCCUGUCAAACAGGCCCUGCAGUCAGUGCUGGGAGCCCUAAACAGGACGGCAUACUGCUUCACCACUGCACUGACCCUCCAGAUUUUAAUGCGUUACUGGCAGCCUGUGACCAGCGCCCCCUGUCUUUGGUCGGUACGUCAUGCACCCUGGAAUAUCUGGUUUCCUCUGCUCUGCUUCACUCUGCACUUCCUCUGCUGGACAAUCAUCUGCAGCAUCCUCAUGAUCUUUGAUUGCCCAGAACUGCUGGGCGUCAAGCAGGUGUAUUAUGAGUGCCUCGGUUUAGGCGACCCCUUGUCUCAAAAGUCACCGGGUGCUCAGCGCUUCUUGUCUCACCUCCGUCACCCCGUGUGUCUUGAGCUGGGCGUGGUGCUGUGGCUCUUGCCCUGUUUGUCCCUGGAUAGACUCCUGCUGGCGGGGACUCUGUCAACCUACCUGGCUUUCGCACACUCCCUGGACACACAGGAUUUAGCGUACAUGUGUGCUCACUUCAACAGUAAGAUGCAGAUCUUAACUGAGCCGCAGCGGGGCAGCGCUGACACCUCAGAGCGGGACAACGGCAACCACACGGAGAAGUGAAAGUCCUGUCACUGCUGUGAUGAGAAGCUGAAUGCUGUCUAACUAUUGACCUGAAAUGUUGAGUCUGGUAAUCUGCUGUGCUGAAUAAGAACAACAAACAACAAACGUGCUCAGGUUAUUUACUGCAAAUAAUAUAUGACCACAAGCCGCUAAACACUGUAUUUACUGUUUUUAAUUGCAUGUGUGGAGAUUUUAUUUUUAUUUUAUCAAACAGUUAUUGCACUACAUUCUGAAAUGAACCCUCAACAUAUAACUUUAAAAUUUUAUUAUAAUUUACCAUGUCAUAUAUUGUCAUAAACUGUUACAUUCAAUGUGCUACUGCAGGGAUGAUGUGAGGUUUUUCUCUCCAUAAGUGAAUAUGGAAAUAGAAUUGCACACAAUUAAAAACAUGAAAUGCAGAUUUGAAUUUUAGAAAAAUGCAGCUACAGUUUAAAAACAACCCUUUUUGAAUGUUUGAGGUAUUGAAUGUAUUUCUUAACUUGCUUUUGAUUGUGUUUUGGAAACACAAACAUCAUAAUGUCUUUUUUUUCCCAAUCUAUCUGUUACAAUUCAUCUUACUUUAUAACCCGAGUAACUUCAUUGAAAAGUGUUUUCCUGAAUGUUUGUGUGUGAGUGUCUUGACUUUAAAGUGGUGUAAUAUUUGAUUUGUACGUUGAAUGUGAGUGUUAGUUCACCUGUCUCUACAUGGGGGAUUCACUUCAUGCAGCAUUUUCAAGACCAUGUUGAAUAAAUGUAGUACAUACUCGUGUCA